AUGAAUAAAAUCCGAUCUCGGGCAUGGGAAAUUCUAGGCGAUUCAACGGCUCGUUUGUCUCAAAGUUCAAGGCAGGAGGAUUUAUCCGCUUCCGAGGUUGCUGAAGAUGCUGGCGAAACAUUGGAACUGUUUUAUCAAUGUCGAUGCGGUGACUACUUCUCUGUGGAUUUGUCGAAGUUGCAGAAAAUGGGAUAUUCCUUGUUGAGAGAUGGAAGCAACGUAUCUGUACGCAAUGCUGAUGCUUUACCCGGAUCAGUGAUUCUUCCUUGUGAAUCGUGUUCGUUGAAAGCUCGGCUUGUACUCAGUAUCGAUGAUAGUUGGAAUUAUUAA